AUGAGGCUCGCCGCGCUACUCCUGCUCGCCCUCCUCGCCGCCGCCGGCGCCGGCGGCGGGGCCGCGGCGCUGGACUUCUCCGGCGACGGCGGGGGCGAGGACGGCGCCCGGACGGCGCCGGUGGAGGUGGAUCCAUCCUGGCGCUUCCCGAGCCGCAACAUCCGGGACGCCUACAUCGCGCUGCAGACCUGGAAGCGCUACGCCAUCUUCUCCGACCCUUACGACCUCACCGCCGACUGGGCCGGCCCGGCGGUCUGCAACUACACGGGCGUCUACUGCGCGCCGCUCCCCACCGCCCCGGCGGUCCUCGCCGUCGCCGGCCUCGACCUCAACCACGGCGACAUCGCGGGGUACCUGCCCCCCGAGCUCGGCCUGCUCGCCGACCUCGCGCUGCUCCACCUCAACUCCAACCGCCUCUGCGGCGUGCUCCCGCGCACGCUGCGCCGCCUCCGCCUCCUCCACGAGCUCGACCUCAGCAACAACCGCCUCGUCGGCAAGUUCCCCGACGUCGUCCUCGACCUCCCCUCCCUCCGCUUCCUCGACCUCCGCUUCAACGAGUUCGAGGGCGCCGUGCCCGCCGAGCUCUUCGACCGCCCGCUCGACGCCAUCUUCCUCAACCACAACCGCUUCCGCUUCCGGAUCCCGGAUAACGUCGGCAACUCGCCCGCCUCCGCGCUCGUCCUCGCGCACAACGACUUCGCCGGAUGCCUCCCCGCCAGCGUCGCCAACAUGUCCGGUACCCUCAACGAGCUCCUGCUCAUCAAUACCGGGCUCAGCUCAUGCCUCCCGCCGGAGAUCGGACGCCUAAGGGAGCUCACCGUGCUCGAUGUCAGCUUUAACAAGAUCGUCGGCCCGCUGCCGCGGGAGGUGGCGGGGCUCAGGAAGCUGGAGCAGCUCGACGUCGCGCACAACCUGCUCUCCGGCCCCAUCCCGCAGGCCGUCUGCGCCCUGCCGCGCCUCAAGAACUUCACAUUCGCCUACAACUUCUUCACCGCCGAGCCGCCCGCGUGCGCGCGCGUCGUGCCCCGGGACAGCGACCGGAGCAACUGCCUGCCCAACCGUCCCACCCAGCGGGCGCCGCGGCAGUGCGCCGCCUUCUACUCCCGCCCGCCCGCCAAUUGCGCGGCGUUCCAAUGCAAGCCGUUCGUCCCGGCCUCGCCGCCACCGCCAUCCCCGCCCCCACCAUCACCUCCUCCACCCUCGCCAUCUCCACCGCCACCAUCACCACCUCCGCCUUCACCUCCGCCGCCAUCCCCGCCUCCGCCAUCACCUCCGCCACCAAAGCCAGUCCACCAUCCACCACCGCCGCCUAAGCCAGUCCACCAUCCACCACCGCCGCCUAAGCCAGUCCACCACCCGCCGCCGCCCCCUCCCGCCCCGCAUCCGCAUCCAUCAUGCCCACCCCCGCCACCCUGUGCCUGUCCACCACCACCACCCUAUUACCCCGGCCCAUUGCCACCGGUCUCACAUGCUUCAUAUGGAUCACCACCACCGCCACCCUAUAAUCCCGACCCAUGGCCACCAGUUACCUGGGCAGAAUAUGGAUCACCGCCGCCGCCUCUACGGCAGUGAUGGAUUUGUUCUUUGAAG